AUGCUGGACGGUAAACGAGUGAACACCCGGCUUGAGCAACAUGGAUGCAAAGGAAGGCGAAGGGAGAGCCUUUGUGAAAUAGAUCCGCAAGUUAUAGUUGGGAGGUUACGGGAAGGAGAUGGACAAUGCCGGAUUAGACCUUUUCACGAACGAGAUGAUAGUCGAUCUCGAUGUGUUUUGUGCGUUCGUGAAAAAUAA